AUGUUCAAUAAAGACUUUACAAUCCGGUGUGGACUCAAUACAGCUCACUUCAAUUCCACUCAACGCAACUCAGCUUCUCGCAACUCAAAUCAACUAGACGCAACUCAGCCUGACCCAACUCAACUCACCCUCUCGCAACAAAUCAACUCAACGCAACUCAGCCUGACCCAACUCAACUCAACCCAAUACAACACAACACAACCCAAUUCAAAGCAGCCCAACGGAUCUUAG